GUGCUCCUCUGCAAGAGAAACUAGAGCUAGUUCUGUCAAGUGCAGUAGAUUAGCACAGAGAUUGGGUACUUGUGUUUUGGCUCGACAAUGGCGGAGUUUCAAUGGGGAGGAGGCGGUAGCCUCUGCCCCCGGCUUAUUACACUGCUGCUGCUGGGAUUCAUUGCCAUCAUUAGCAAUGCUGCUUCUGCAAAUGCUGAGGAGGGCCGUAUUCUGAGUGAAUAUGAGUACAAAUCUCCCCCUCCUCCAUCACCAUCUCCUCCUCCGCCUUAUUACUACAAGUCUCCACCCCCUCCAUCACCAUCUCCUCCUCCACCUUACUACUACAAGUCCCCACCCCCUCCAUCACCGUCUCCUCCUCCUCCUUACUACUACAAGUCUCCCCCGCCUCCAUCCCCAUCUCCUCCUCCCCCUUACUACUACAAGUCUCCGCCCCCACCAUCACCAUCUCCACCUCCCCCUUACUACUACAAGUCUCCGCCCCCACCAUCACCAUCUCCACCUCCCCCUUACUACUAUAAGUCACCACCUCCUCCCUCACCAUCUCCUCCUCCCCCUUAUUACUACAAAUCCCCGCCUCCUCCCUCGCCAUCUCCCCCUCCCCCUUACUACUACAAGUCUCCACCCCCACCAUCACCAUCUCCACCUCCUCCUUACUAUUACAAGUCUCCACCCCCACCAUCACCAUAUCCUCCUCCUCCCUAUUACUACAAGUCUCCACCCCCUCCCUCACCAUCUCCUCCUCUUCCUUACUACUAUAAGUCUCCACCCCCUCCCUCACCGUCUCCACCUCCUCCUUAUUACUACAUGUCUCCUCCACCACCCUCACCAUCACCUCCACCACCAUACUACUACAAGUCCCCACCUCCACCAUCACCUUCUCAUCCUGAUCCAUAUUAUUACAAGUCCCCACCUCCACCUUGCUAUUACAAGCCUCCCCAUCAUAACCACCACCAUCACAAGCACCACCACCAUCAAAAACACCACAAGUCCCCACUUCCACCAUCACCACCAGCCCAUGAAGCAUAUUACUAUAAGUCUCCACCUCCACCGACAUACUAUUACAAGUCCCCACCACCACCAUCACACUCUCCUCCUCCCCCAUACUACUACAAAUCACCUCCUCCUCCAUCCCCUUCACCUCCACCUCCUUAUAAGUCACCCCCUCCUCCAUCACCAUCACCCUCUCCAAUGUACUACUACAAGUCACCCCCUCCACCAUCUCCCUCACCACCACCACCCUAUUACUACAAGUCACCUCCUCCUCCAUCUCCCUCACCUCCACCACCCUACUACUACAAGUCACCUCCCCCUCCAUCACCAUCUCCACCUCCACCAUACUACUACAUGUCUCCACCCCCUCCAUCACCAUCUCCUCCUCCUCCUUAUUACUACAAGUCUCCACCUCCUCCCUCACCAUCACCUCCACCACCAUACUACUACAAGUCCCCACCACCACCAUCACCUUCUCCUCCUCCUCCAUACUACUACAAGUCCCCACCCCCACCAUCACCUUCCCCUCCCCCACCAUACUACUAUAAGUCCCCUCCUCCACCAUCACCUUCUCCUCCACCACCAUACUAUUACAAGUCCCCACCACCACCAUCACCCUCUCCUCCUCCUCCUUAUUACUACAAGUCACCUCCUCCUCCAUCCCCUUCACCUCCACCUCCUUAUUACUACAAGUCACCCCCUCCUCCUUCACCAUCUCCCCCUCCACCAUACUACUACAAAUCUCCUCCUCCACCCUCUCCUUCUCCUCCUCCACCUUACUACUACAAGUCACCCCCUCCUCCAUCCCCUUCACCACCACCUCCUUACUACUACCAGUCUCCUCCCCCACCAUCUCCUUCACCCCCACCUCCAUACUACUACAAAUCUCCUCCGCCACCAUCGCCUUCACCUCCACCUCCCUACUACUACAAGUCUCCUCCCCCACCAUCCCCUUCACCCCCACCUCCCUACUACUACAAGUCUCCUCCCCCACCAUCGCCUUCACCCCCACCUCCCUACUACUACAAAUCUCCUCCCCCACCAUCUCCUUCACCUCCACCUCCCUACUACUACAAGUCCCCACCACCUCCAUCUCCUUCCCCACCACCACCAUAUUACUACAAGUCACCUCCUCCUCCAUCUCCUUCUCCUCCUCCCCCAUACUAUUACUAUUCUCCACCUCCACCACUAUAGACUGCUGUCACCAAGAGUUUUCCAGUCCAAUAGGUAACGAAAUCUGCAAUGCAACUACUAUCUGCUCGAGUAAAACAACAAUCUUUCGGAGAGUACCACCUACAUCGUAUUUAGCUGGUUUUACAACAUCACUGUUCAGAAGGCUUAUCACAUAUGUCACUACAAGAUUUGUGAACUUGAGUAGAUCAGUAUUGCUGGUUGGAGUUGUUAGUAAUAAAUUGAUUGGUAUUGGUUUCAUUCAAAUGGGAUAUUUGAAGAGAAACUGAAGCGCAAUAAAGAUUUGUUGUCUCUUUUAAUGCAAUGAUAUUGUUUGUACUGAGAGGAAUUUGCUUAUUCAUGGCUCUGCUAUUGAAUAAAAUUGAAUAAAGUGCCCAU